GCUGGAGAGUCAGCUGAGCCUCUCUCUGUGAGAGCCCCAGAGCCCGGUCCUCGGAGGAGGAGGAGGAGAAAUCGCAGGCGGCGGCGGCGGCGGCGGCGGCGGCAGCCGCCCUAUCCCCAGGAGCUCCAGCGGCGGGAGGAGGAGAGAAAGAGAAAGAGGGAGAAGGAGAGAGAGGAGACUGGGCGAUUCCGGCGGCGGCGAUUGCGAAGGCGAAGCCACAUAAGUUUUCUUGAAAAUCCUUUUACGGCCGACUACGUGCACGGGCGUGCGAAUCUUCUGCGGAACGACUGGGCAACUACGGGAGUACCCAGUCCUGCCUUCCCGCUCCGAAAGUGCCAGUCUUGCCCCCUCCCCCCCUUUUUUCCCUUCUUUCUCCUGCCUCGAAUCGGUUCAGCUUGCCACCCGACCCUCGAGCGAAGGCUCCUACCGGGACCUCCGGAGCCAGUUGUGAGCGGGGUGGGGGCCCAGGGGCGACUCUGAGGAAGGAGGCAGCAGCAAACAGCACCAACAGCAGCUUCGGAGUUUCCUGACAUGGUAUUCGGGAGUGGACUCAGCGCUCAGAACAGAUGUCCCAGUGAUUGGCAGUUUUAAUGCUUCUCCAGUUUCACUCAGUCAAGUGAGGAUAGACACCAGCCUAUUAGUGAGACUGGACAAAACCGUGACUGGUGGAGUACCACAGUAAAUGUAAUUUGAAGAAAGCAAGAAAGAACCAAUGGCUUUAGCUGGCUGCCCGGAUUCCUUUUUGCAUCAUCCAUAUUACCAGGACAAGGUAGAUCAGACUUCUACUCACGGUCAGAGCAAGCUAGUGGAACCUGGAUUCCAAGAACAACCUACCCGAGUCGCCUUAAAUCACCAAGAUGACGACGUGGACUUGGAAGCUUUGGUAAAUGACAUGAACUCCUCAUUUGAAAGUUUGUAUUCUACAUGUAGCAUGCAGUCAGAAACUGCCCCCCUCCUUCAAAAUGGUCAACAUAACCGUAGCCAGUUGCCAACCUCAGGAACAAGUGCCCUCCAGCAGCAAGCGUCCCCAAAACAGAAAGUUCAGCGCUCUCAACCCAUGCACAUUCUAGCAGUCAGACGCCUUCAGGAAGAAGACCAACAAUUUAGAACCUCGUCUCUGCCCGCCAUACCAAAUCCAUUUCCUGAGCUUUGCAGCCCCACUAAUUCUCCUGUUCUCACAACAAGCUCUUUACCUCAGAAUCAACCAGCCAGCAAGCAGGACCGGGUGUGGUGGUGCACACCUAUAAUCUCUGCUACCUUGGGAGGCUACAUUCAGUAUUGUGAUGGUAAGCCAGGAGGAGCAGGAGGCCAGCAGGUUACCAUGGGAGGAGCGAACCAGCCCAGGGUGGAAAUGGAGCAGGUCAGAGUUGCCAUGCCAAUGAGUAGUGAGAUUCGGCUGGCACCCACUGGACAUUUGGAGCAUGCGAUUGUUAACCCUCGGCCAAGUUUGCAUAGUGGCAGUGGAGGAGAUAAUAGCUGGAAUUACACAGCCACAGCAGAAAUAGCAGCGAAUCCCACAGUGACCAUGCGCUGCAAUGUAGAGGGAGGGAAAAAGAGAAAAGAAUAUUCCCAGCUUGGGUCACCCCUGAGGACACUGAUGAUAGAAGAAAGGUGCUUAGAAGACCAUGAGCUGGUGGUCCAAGUGGAAAGCACAAUGGGAGGUGAAAGUAAAUUUUUAUUCAGGAAGAAUUAUGCAAAAUAUGAGUUUUUCAAAAAUCCCAUGAAUUUCUUCCCAGAACAGAUGGUGGCUUGGUGUCAGCAAUCAAAUGGCAGUAUUCCCCAAACUCAGCUUUUGCAGAAUUUUUUAAACUCCAGCAGUUGUCCUGAAAUUCAAGGUUUUUUACAUGUGAAAGAGCUAGGCAGGAAGUCCUGGAAAAAAUUAUAUGUCUAUUUGCGAAGAUCAGGACUUUAUUGCUCCACAAAAGGAACUUCAAAGGAGCCAAGGCAUCUGCAGUUACUGGCUGACCUGGAAGACAGCAAUAUCUUUUCUCUGAUAGCAGGCAGGAAACAGUAUAAUGCCCCUACAGACUAUGGGUUUUGUAUAAAGCCAAACAAAUUAAGGAAUGAGACAAAAGACCUCAGGUUACUGUGUGCUGAAGAUGAACAGAGCAGAACGUGUUGGAUGACGGCUUUUAGGCUCCUCAAGUAUGGCAUGCUCCUUUAUCAGAAUUACAGAAUUCCACAGCAGAGGAAAGCCUGGCUUUCCCACUUCUCAACCCCCGUGCGCAGUGUGUCUGAGAACUCUCUCGUAGCAAUGGACUUUUCCGGUCAAACAGGAAGAGUGAUUGAGAACCCUGCUGAAGCUCAAAGCGCAGCCUUGGAAGAGGGCCAUGCGUGGAGGAAACGAAGCACAAGGAUGAAUGUCUUAGGUAGCCAAAGUCCCCUCCACCCUUCUACGCUAAGCACAGUGAUCCAUAGGACCCAAAACUGGUUUCAUGGAAGGAUUUCUCGGGAAGAAUCCCAUAGGAUUAUUAAACAGCAGGGGCUUGUGGAUGGGCUCUUCCUCCUUCGUGACAGCCAGAGUAAUCCAAAGGCAUUUGUACUCACACUGUGCCAUCACCAGAAAAUCAAAAAUUUCCAGAUAUUACCUUGUGAGGACGAGGGACAAAUGUUCUUCAGCCUUGAUGAUGGAAAUACCAAAUUCACCGAUCUGAUCCAACUUGUUGAGUUCUACCAGCUAAACAAAGGAGUUUUGCCUUGCAAACUCAAACAUCACUGUAUCAGAGUGGCCUUAUGACCUUGAAUUUGGCUCUUGGUUGAAGACUGGAUUUGCUAGAAGAAUAACUAAGAGAAAGUUAACACUGGAAUGGAUGAGCAGGUCUGUAAAUUGGUUUAAAAGUUAUGUUCUGCACCUCAAGACUCUCAAAGGGAUGGAUUCAGUGGGUGCCAACAGACCAAGAUCCUCCUGGUUUGUCCAACACCUAAGAAUGAUCUGCUGCUGAGUAUCCCAGCACACCUUCCUCCCCUUGCCAAAUAAAGGAAGGCAUGUAGAAUUGUGUGCAAAUUUGAGACUAAACUGGAAUGAUCAUCUUGACUGGGCCACUUAACAGGAACAGGUUCUGAAGAGAAAUCAUUGGAAAAGGACUCUUGCCCUGGAAUAAUCUUGACAAUUAAAACUGGUGUGUUUACUUUUUUUGUAUUGAUCACUUUUUUUUUUUUUUGCACUCCUACUUUGUUUUGGAUAUUGUAUACAGCCUAUAUUAGGACAUGAUGUGGCUUUUCAAUUCAUGGUAGGAGCUAAAAAGUCUCCGCCUGUCAGAAUUAGAAGACCUAAAGUGUUGGGUCUCAGCAUUUCUCCAAGGGCAGUUUCUGCUCUCAGCUGAUUAAAGCAGUGUGAAUUCAGUUCUAAAACUAUAACUCCACCAACCCAGUGGGCUUUGAAAAUCAUUGAUGAGGUUUUUAUCCUUGGGGAAAUGACUGGUAUACAUGUAGCAUAAUUAAUGGACCCAGUCAUGAGACCCCAGUCUAGUCAUCCAAUUUCUAUGCACAAAUGUUUGAACCUUUUGUUGUUAACAUGUGUGUUAUAUUUUCCUCCCAGCCAAAUAGUUUUUAUUCUUUAGGAAAUUCACUGUUACACAAUCACAACUGAAUGACCAUGCUGGCUGGUUUCUAUGAAAAAUCACCAAUGCUGAUCGUGUGCUUGUUAGGACAAAUGAUCGGCCUUUUAUUUUUUUUUAGCUUUAUGUCCUCCAUGGUCUUUAGUUUCUUUCAGAAACACCACCAUAUUACCAUCAUCAGCCUGUUGAAAGGCUAAAUAAUGCUACAGAAUCCAGCCCAAGCCCCUGUCAUGGAUAGAGUUCCAGGAGUUUAAAAGAAAAAUGGCUCCUAUUUUGUUUACUGCAGUGAAUGUCCUGAAUGUCUCCAUGGUGAGAAACAUCCACAAACAACAAAGUGGACACAGACUCAACCUGACAUUUAAGAUGUUUUGACCUUGUGACCUCCAUCCUGCUGAAAGAAACACACACAUACACACACACACACACACACACACACACACACACACACACACACGUAAGCCAGCUGACUGCAAGCCGAUUAAGAGUAUUUUACUACUGGCUUAUGAUCAGAAUUGCUUCGUUGUCAAUGUUUAAAUUGAAUAUUUAGUCAUAACACAAUAUUGGUUUUCCUUUUUUCUGAUGAGCCGGAAAGACCGUGGCUACGGUCUUUCCCGAUUUUCCAUCCCACAUCUCCCAGUCCUUGCCUCUUAGCCCGAACAUAGAAACCAGGCAUGAAAAAUAGCCAUUUCCCCUUUUCUCUACAGAUUGGAAAGUGCUUACUUGAAAGGGUGUUCAGACUACUGUGGUGAACAAAAUAGUUUUCUUUUAACCUAGCAGUGAGAAUGCGGACCGGCUCCCUGAUUGGUGUUAGCCACUGGAUUGCUUUAAAAAUCCUCUCUGCUGAAGGAAAAAAUCAUUUCAUACUGCUCUUUGGUCAUCAUAUAUAGCUUUGACAGUAGUUUAAGACAAAAAUGUAACAAGCUUAAGUAAUACAUAUCAGCUAUAACUAUGUCGAUGGUAUAGAAACACUGUAUUUUAGUUUACAGAUCACAUUCUAGUAUUUUCCAUGAAAUGUCUACUUAGAAGAUGGAGAUUUUUUUUUUUUAGCAAAAUGUGUUUUUCAGCUGCAAUAUGGAACUGCAUUUUCCUGCCUUUUUUUUUUUUUCCCUUUUAGCCACUCUUUUCAAACAAUCAGAAAUUUGGCUAAUAACUGUUCAUAUUUCCAACUUCACUUUGCAUGCGUGAUUCAGCCUCACUUUGGGGGGAAGACACAGCUAUUAUAAACUUUUCUAUUUGGUGGAUUGAAAUAAACCUUUUUUCGGUUUUUUGGCUAUAAGAUUUAUUUUCUGUUUACAUAGAUUGGUUCCAAUAAUUCAUUUCCCCCCUCCACCCCACCCACCACCAGUAGACAGCUAGUAUUUGCAGUGUUUUGUAUUUAUAAACUUGCAUUUUAUUUAAAUGGAGAUAAAUAAAAGUUUGACUCUGAAUCACAAUUUUGUACGUAUGUAGAUGGUUGACUUAGUCUUUUGUACUUUUCCAGCCUAAGUGAACUGUUUGAGAAAGUAACCAGUCUCAGAGUGGUCACAAGCUUACUCUGCCAGCUCACAGCUCACUUUCCACUUCCCUUUGUGCUGGGUCACUGAGAGAGCACCACCCUAUAACAAACAAACCAACCAACAAAUCCAGUAGAAUCAGCUGGGUUCCAGCUUAGCAAACCAAGGACUGAAGGACGUUUGACUUUUAUUUUUGUAUUUAAAUGACAUGAAUGUAAAGGGGACGCUCAGGGUUGUUUUGGAGCCUGUUGAAUUUUUUUUUUUGUCUUUGCCUGUGAUUUUUAUUUUCUAAAUGAAAACUUCAUGUAGCAAUCUUGAAUAUGUUGAGAAGGAAAAUGCCAAACGGUUUUGGUAAUAAAGUUAGUAGUUAAGUUAUGUUACACUAGGUGUUAAAGUACAGAAAGCUUUUAUUUGUUAAACCUUGAAGAAACACGUGCCUCAGUUUAGAUGUUUUGUCUUAUCUUUUCUGCACUAAAUAAGUACCUGACAGUUUGACCAAUCAAUGCACCUUUCCAGUGGCAAGACUUGCUUAUCGUAAAUUAUAUUUGUCACAAUGCAAGAUGUAGUAACUGUAAAAUGGAAUAAAGUUGAAAAGUUUUCAGGGAAUGCAAAAGGUAUUAACUUAAAGACAAAACUUUUAUUCAGUAUGCUUUGCUUCAUACUGUAAAUAGCUUUUGGGCUUGUGAACCUAAUUGUAAUCUGUCUUUCAGGUAUUUUUGUACAAAUAAGGGACUGAUAUUCUGUUUCUUGUAAUUAGAAAUAAACAUUAAUACAAUGCUAUUCAUUUUA